UGCAAUCAUAAACUGACUAAACUGAGCUGAAGCUGACGGGAAUAUAGUCGGAAAACUGCCGCCUACGCUUGAGAUUAGGCAAGACUCGUCCCUCAUUCAAGUAUUAUGCAACUCUUUUUGGAUUUUGUUUUUCUUCGCAUAUUUAAUUUUCAUGAGUGGAGUCAAUUGUUUCCGGUCAGAAUUCACCUGUACCUGAAACACAAAAUUCAGGUACGAGUCUUGUCUCUUAUUUCAUUGGUAUUGAUCUUUCCUCGUUCAAUGAAAUAUUUUCAAUUGAGGUAGACAGAUAGAAAAAUGUUGUAGAAUCUUUCUUAAUUUUUGGUUAUUCGGAAUCGCUACUGGAAGACACCGGAGCAGAGUUAUAUGAUACGAAGAUUGAAGUUGUAGCUUCCACAAUAUCUUGUAGUAAGUAGUAACCUCUUAAAUUUGGAUAGUCUGAAACAUCUGAUAGAUUAUGAGCGGAAAAUUAGGAAUUGUUAAAAAUUGACUGAAUUUCUAUCAAAGCCUAGAAUGCGUCCCAUUACUGUAAAUUAGGUUUCAUACUUUAUACUGGUUCUUAUCAAAGCCUGUAAAAUUUUAGAUCAAAUAUUCACUUAGUGAAGCAGAAUCGCAUGUUGAAAACAUGGAGACAACUACGUAUGGACGUGGAUAUCCCAACACAGACACAAGAACAUUGAUAUUCCGAUAGGUUAGUCUAAGUGCAACCAUUGUGCUUUUUAGAUAGCAGGAAGUAAAUCCGGGUUUUUACUGUGAAGGUUGAGAUUCUAUAUACUGUAGUUGAUAGGGAGAGAUGAGUAGGUUACCUGUUAGUGGGUGGUGGAAGGUAAGAAAUGAUAGGUGUAUAAAAUCAGUAUUCAUAAGGACAAUAAUUGAAGGUCAUUACUUUAAUAGACUAGAGAGUGACCUGUUAAUAAUAAUUUUUUGUCAUAGCCGCCUUCAUCGUCAAUGGCAUGUAUUCACAAAUUGUGGACUAGUUUUGCUGUUAGUGAUGACCUUCCAUAGUUAACAUCUUUCAAAUCUCCAAUCUUCUUCUGUUUGAUACAUGGAAAUAGCAGCAGGGGCUCUCGUUAACGGUGUAACAGAAAUUUUAAAGGGUCUCGUUCCCUUUAUAGCCCAAAACGUGCAUUCAGCCAAGGGAUUUCAAAAUGACUUGAGAAAUCUUCAAAACACCUUGGAGAUGAUACUGACGAUAAUAGAGGAUGCUGAGACAAAACAAGUUGAUGAUAAUGCUGUGAGAAUGUGGUUGAGAAGGUUCAAGGAUGUAGCCUAUGAUGCUGAAAACGUGGUAGAUUAUUUUUCAUAUGAGGUCAUGCGUCGACGAAUUAUCAACCGCAAGAGGGAUAAGGUACGUGAUUUUUAUUCAAAAUCCUUCAAUCCACUUGUAUUUGGUUUCAAGAUGGGCCGUAAAAUCAGAGAUAUUAAUUAUGAGUUAGAUAGAAUUGUCAAUGAUGCCAAUGUUCGGUCCAAGUUACACCCAAUUAGUAUUGGUAGUACUAGUACUCAGAGUCGUAAUAGUGAUCGGCGGAGGCGACCAACACCCUCUUUUGUGAAUGAUUCAGAGAUUGUUGGAAGGGAAAAUGAUAAACUAAAGAUAAUGGACUUGUUGAUUAGUCCAUCGUGGUCAAAUGAGAAUCUUUCCACAUUAUCCAUUGUGGGUAUGGGGGGAAUUGGUAAGACGACAGUGGCACAACAAAUCUACAAUGAUGAUCUGGUAGUUAAGGCGCAUUUUGAGCUAAGAAUAUGGGUUUGUAUUUCAGAUGAGGAGUUUGAUGCGAAUAAGAUCUUAAUAGAUAUCCUUGAAUCUAUUACUAAGACCAAGUGUGAUGCGCCGAAUGUGAAUGAGUUGGUGUGUCAAGUUCAUGAAAAGUUGAACAAGAAGAAGUACUUGUUGGUACUGGAUGAUUUGUGGAGUGAGAAUGUCCAUGAAUGGGAGACGCUUAAAAGUUGGAUAGACGUUGGUGCUAAAGGGAGUAAAAUUCUAGUCACUACACGCAAAGAUCAAGUUGCUUCAAUUGUUCGGGGUGAAAUUGCUUCGUACAAUUUACAACAGUUAUCAAAUGAUGAGUGCUGGUCUAUUAUAAGGCAAAGAGCUUUUGGUCCUGGUGGAGCGCUAGAGUUCAAUUCAAAUAUGACGAAAAUUGGAAAGGAGAUAUCAAAGAAGUGCGGUGGUGUACCUCUUGUGGCGAAAACCUUAGGAAGUCUCAUGUACUUAAGAAAAGAGGAAAGAGAUUGGGCGAUGAUAAGAGAAAACAAGAUUUUGGACAUACCCGAAGUUAAGAGCAGAGUUACACAAAUACUGAGGUAUAGUUAUGAUUAUUUGCCUUCUCAUUUGAAACAAUGUUUCUCUUUUUGUUCAAUUUUCCCGAAGGAUUGGGAAAUUGAAAGGGAAACAUUGAUUAGAUUGUGGAUGGCAGAAGGAUUAAUCCCUCAACCAUCUCAGGGUGAAAGACCUGAGAAAUCAGUGGAAGAUGUUGGAAAUGAGUACUUCAAUAGUUUGUUGUGGAACUCAUUUUUUCAGGAUGUAGAGACAGAUGAGUAUGGCAACAUUUCUACAUGCAAGAUGCAUGCUCUUAUACAUGAUCUUGCUGAGAGUGUAACCGAGAAUCAUGAAUGUGCGGUAGUGAAGGUUACUAACAUAAAAGAUUUUACUAGCAUGAGAGAUUUAUGUAACGUUCGUAAACUGGGGUUUGUUUUUGAUAUGAAACUAUCGGCAUUUGCAGAACGCUUGUUCGAUUCAAAGAAGCUGCGGACGAUUCAUACAUUUCAAGCGCACAACUGUGAGGAAAUUGAUUUUAGUGUCUUUAGUAAUAUAAACUUGCGUGUCCUAGAUCUGAAUGGUAAAAGAAUAAAAAACUUGUCUUCUAUUACCAACUUAAGACAUUUAAGAUACCUUUUCCUAGCAUCACUAGAAUGUCAUGAUUCUCUAGAAAUUCAGUCUAUUUGUACACUUUACAAUCUGCAAACCCUUGUACUUCAUAUCCCAGCCCUUACAAAGUUUCCCAGGAACAUUGGAAAUUUAAAAAGAUUAAGGCACCUGAAAUUCUUUGAGAGUGGUGGCAUUGAAUCAAUACCCGAGUCUAUUACCAGCCUUUCCAAUCUGCAGACAUUAGAUCUCUAUGAAUGUUCUGCUCUAGAAUAUUUGCCUAGAAACAUUGGAGGAUUGGAAGGUCUCAGGAAGCUUGUUCUCACCAAUGCAAAAAUCACAACAGUACCUGAGACCAUCACUAAGUGUUGCUAUUUGGAAAAGUUGAUACUCAAGGAUUGUUUUUAUCUUAAAGCAUUGCCGAGAGAUUUAGACCAUUUGAAAUUUCUUAAAUGCCUUGAGCUCAAGGAGACUAAGCUCAAGGCGUUACCUGAAUCUAUCACUAAGUGUUCCAAUUUGGAAUCGUUAAGCAUUAUCUCUAGUCCUCCAGAAGAGCUACCCAGUAAUAUAGGAGCUUUGACACAUCUGAGUCGCCUUGAUGUGACGGGUACAAAGAUCAGAGAAUUACCUAUAUCUGUCACUGAGCUCUACAAUUUGAGAACUCUGAGUUUCAGUAAUUGCUAUCUUCUUGAAGGUUUACCCGAAGACAUUGGAAAUUUGAAACAUCUAACAUGCCUUGACCUCAGGUGUACGAAGAUCAGAGUAUUGCCCGAGUCUUGUUCUUCCGGGCUCCAGAAUUUAGUGAAUGUAAAUUUGUGGUACUGUGAGCUUCCCAAAGACAUAAAAAUCUGGACUAAAUUGGAGCAUCUCGACUACGAGGGUCAUAGAGAAGAAACGCCAAGAGGCAUGGGACAACUGACUUUUCUUCGAACGUUAAGGGAAUAUGUUGUAAGGAAGACGGAAGACACCGAAACUGGAGGUGGUAUUGAAGAGCUUGGAGGUUUACACUUUCUCCACGGAUUCAGAGGCGAACUACACAUUUACAAUCUGAACAAUUUAAGUGUCCAACCAGUGGGGUCCCAAGGAUCAAUGUUGAAGGGAAAACAAGAUAUAUUCAAUUUGAAAUUACACUGGCAGUCAAGAUCUCAUGGCGAGGACACUGAUGAAGCUGAACAUGAUGAAGUGACAUUGGAAGGGCUUCAGCCUCAUUCUAAUUUGGAGCAUUUAAUGAUUGAUGGGUAUAAUGGCGUGAAUCUUCCCUCAUGGAUGAUGAUCGGCACCAUAUUAUUGUGUUUGCCGAAUUUGGUGGAGAUUCAUCUUAGAAACUGCAAUGGAUGUGAGAAACUGCAAGGGCUUGGGCAACUUCCUCACCUGAAAACUGUGAGUCUCGAUAAGAUGCGCAACCUGAAAGAAUGGGUGGAGCCAUCAUUUUCAACUUCUUUUCCCUGCCUUGAGGUGUUGUCCAUUAAAUUCUGCAAGAAGUUGACAAUAUUGCCAAUUGCAUUGCCCACUCUCCAGUGGUUGAAGGUUAAGUUCAGCAAUGCUUUGACACUGAAAUCAAUUGGUAACAACACUUUAACUUUUCUGAAAUCCUUCAACAUUAAUGGAAUUCUAGAGCUGGAGUCAUUACCACUACAUAUAUUGCAACCUAAACUAAAGUUUCUCAAAAUCUGGGGUUGCCGUAGAUUUCAAGGUUUCCGGAGAAAUGAAGAGGAGGGCCUUAGCAGCAUCUCUGUGGCUCCUAACAAUUCAUUUGAGAAGUCAAUAUCUCUUUGGAAACUAAAAAUUCAGUGCUCUAAAGAAUGGAUGUCUUUGUCAAAGGAUCUGUCAUGCAUUAAGGACCUGAGGAAACUGAAGAUUGGUUGGUUUUCUGACGAACCAGAUAUUUUUCCUUUCUCUAUUGAACAACAAGACUCCGAAUCUUCUCUGAAAAGACUAGGGAGAUUAGAGAUAGACGGAUGCUCCAGUCUCAAAUGUCUACCUCAGCAGCUACAACACCUCAGCAUGCUAACACAGUUAGUGAUAUCCAACAUGGGCAGUGAGAUGGUGGCUCUGCCAGAGUGGCUGGUGAAACUGUCAUCACUUCAAAGUUUAGUAAUUAAGGAUUGCCGUGGUCUGGUUAAUCUUCUUCGUCAAGAGGAGGGUAUGAAACAUCUGACUGUUCUCAGGUAUUUGAAAAUUGCAAAAAUUUCAGAGGAGCCAGAUGUUUUCCUAUCAGAAGCCCAGGGUAUCCAGCACCUCAUUUCCUUUACAGAAUUAGAGAUUCAUGGUUGGCCGAAGCUCGACUCUCUACCUCUCCAACUUCAGCAUCUUAAGAAUCUAAGCGAGUUAAGGAUAGAAAAUUUUGAUGGUUUAGUGAGUUUGCCUGAGUGGCUUAGCAACCUUUCAUCACUUUAUAGUUUGUGGAUUUCUUCUUGCAAGAAUCUGAUGCAUCUCCCUUCAAAGAAUACCAUGCUUAGCCUCACUACACUUGAAAGACUCUACAUCUUCGACUGUCCAUUAUUGGAGGAAAGAUGCUCCUUUAAGACUGGGGAAGAGUGGGAGAAGAUUUCUCACAUUGAAAAAGUCUCCUUCAGAUGGGACUUUUGAGCUGAUUGCAGUUUCUUCUUCUGCUGUCCUUAUGCUUUGGAGGAUGUAAUGCACUAAUACCAUAUAUUGGACCCUGCGUAACAAGUGAACUAAGGUUAACAUGUCUAGAGAGCUUCAAUUCGUGGAAACAGGGGGAUAGCAGUAGGAUUCGGCGUGCAUAAAAAUGUAAAGCUUUUUAGUAUUUGUAUCCGUAUGGAUUCCAAUUGUAAUCAUAGUUUACUUGUGCAGUUGUCAAACAUGUAUUAUUGGAGAAAAAAAAUCCGGCAUCCCUCUUUACGUUUUAGUUCGAAAAUCAUUUACUUGUGGGAGUAGAUUACAAAGAGAAACACUCGUCUUGGAAAUGAUCUGAAACCUGUGACCAAAUAUGAAUAAAAUUUGAACAAGGUAUCUAUUCU